UGGCAGUAGUACUAGAUACUUGCUACCUUAAGUGCAUGGGAAUUUAUAGAUUCAUUCAGAGGCGACAUGGACAGGGUGAUUAUCCAAAUUUGACUGGUUUAGCGCACUUGAGGUAUUGUAUACCGAUCAAAGUUUGGCUGUAGGAAAGCUUCUUUGAUUCUUGUGUCUAUUCUCUUGGAUACUUGCAUCUCCCUUGAAUGUAAGGCGAAUAAAAACCUUGUUUUCAACAGUUGGGUAUUUAUUUCUCUGGAUCUAUAUUCUUACAUUUCUUACCCCUCUGUACAGUUAACAACUCUCUUACACGUUCUAUAGAUUAUCAAGUAAUUUCGUUAUAAAACUGAAGAUUAUUGGUUUCUUAAUUUUGAAAUGUCUUCUGUACUGUAAUAACUGUUGUACUUUUAGACUAUGCAACAGCUGAGGAGUAUUCGUGGAUUGAAAUCAUUAUCAUUUGGUUAUCUGGAAUAGCCGUAGUUCGGCAGACUAGUAUUUAUAUCGGGUGAUGAUUAAAGGUAAAAUGAAAAUUAUGACCACAGUCGGAUUCAAACCAUCAACCACUGAGUUUCCGGGCCGAUGCUCUACCAGCUCAGAUACGCUGUGACAUCCAACUGCUGAAUAGAUUUUUAUUUUACUUCAAUCACCAAGAGUUUUGUCCGACUACUAUGUGCAUUCGUUAUGCGUUACUACCGCUUGAUUUAGCAGGCGGUGCGAAUACUAUCAAGCGGUAGUAAGGCAUCACAAAUUCACAUAGUAAUUGAAGCGAAAUAUAAAAAGAGAUCUGGUCAGCAGUCGGACCUCGUAACUGAGUUGGUGGUCGCUUGUUCGAAUCCGUCUGGGGUUUGCGAAUUCUCAUUUUACCUUCAAUCAUCACCCUGUAUGAAUUAAAGUGAUGUCAACUUAUUCUGCAAAUUUUGUCAUUAAUUUCUGCUAUGGUAAGGAUAUCAGUCUAUAAAACUUACAGGGUUCGAACUACAGGUUCAGUAACCUCCUUCAUAUUAUACUUUCCAGAACUACAUUUUAGAACGAGGUGGUACCUUUUGUUCUAUUUAGAAAAUUGAGUAUCUCUGCUAGUAGUCGACUUUGAUCAUACUUUAACUGCAUUAAAUAUCCAUUUGCAUCCGUUUUUCUCUAUCUAUCAAAGUAUUAUUGUCAUGUUGCCUUUGUUUUGUUCUUUACCCAGCAUUCAUAGUCCAGUAUCUCUGUUGCCAAAAAUUUAUAUUCUACCACCAAAUGAACAGAUUCUAUUCUAUCGUUUACUUACCGAUGGUUUAUAUAAACGUGGUUUACUGUCUGAUCAAUUGAUGAAUACAGUGAAUAACUUAUUACCAUCAUUACCAAUAAAUUCACGUGUUUUAACCGAAUCACUAUCUGAUUACUCUUCAUCUAGUGAUAGUAUUGGCGGUGUCAGCAGUAUCACCACGCCAACAACAACGGCUACUGGUAAUACUUGA